AUGUUGCUACUCAUUCCUGUUGGUUCCAUUUGGAAUCAAGCAGAUAAACUUGUCCUCGAUUUUCACCAGGAAGAACAGCAUAUUCUCAUUAUAAGACUUAGCAAUUCAAUUUUUAUAAUUGACGAUAAUUUUAGGCAUAAAAAGGGAGUCCACUUGUUCUUGUGUGAAGAUUAUGAAAUAUUAAUGAUCAUCAGUCUAAUGCCCAUAGCUAUGGUGAUAACCACCAUUGUAAUGAUUUAUUUGAUAAAGCUUGUUGUAAAGUGGACUUAUAGAUUACUGGAUCGUGUUUCUGACAUAAAAAAAGAACUUGCUUCUAAAGUUAUAGUUACACCAGCUUUAACUCUAGAAUCUAAUCUCAAGGGUAGUGUGACUUCAGAAUUAUGCACAGAAAAAAAGUGA